AUGGCACAGCAGCAGCAAGCCCUGCAGCCCUCCUCGCAGGUGCUGGCGGUGGCCACACUCUUCCCAGUCGGUGGCGUCCUCCUAGUCCUCUCGGGGCUCACCCUGACGGCCACCGUCAUCGCCCUAGCGGCUGCCACGCCGCUGCUGGUGAUCUUCAGCCCCGUGCUCGUUCCCGCGGCACUCGUGGUCGCCCUCGCCGUCGCCGGCUUCCUCGCUUCCGGCGCCUUCGGCCUCACCGCACUCUCCUCACUCUCGUACAUCUCCGUCUACCUGCGGGGGGAUGCCCCGGCACGCGCGCACGCCGCAGCGUGCCACCUCGGCCAGGGAAUCAAGGAGUGGGUUCAGCAGGCCACCUCCGGGGGCAUGAGACCCGAGCUGUAA